AUGUUUAGAAAGCUCUUAGUCUAAUCUGUCCAACAAUAAAAGCUCUUUGUCCCCCUCGAGAGAAGGGAGUUCUUUUCUUUCUUUAAGUCAAAAUAAUAGAAAUUUAAAGACAACGUUGAAUAGGCAGAUAAAUACUUCAAGCUUCAUCAGUACAGCAAUGCAGUUGAUUUCUAUAAAGAGGCUUUAAAAUACGAUGACCAUACCAAAUCUUAGGCUGAUAAAAUAAUUAAGAAUAUGGCACUGGCAUAUUUCCAAAUGAAUUAAAUUGACUAAGCAAUACAAUGCUAUAUGGAGCUAUAAGAAAAGUAUCCAAAUGACUAGAACAUACAAAUCGCUGUUGGCCUCAUCUAUGGAAAAUCUUAAUCUCCCGAAAAAGCAUUAAAAGUAUUUGAAGAAGUCCUUGAAAAAGAUCCUAACAACAGACAAAUAUUGUUUUAGGUUGCUAUUUAUUGUGAGCAAUUGCAUCUUAAUGAUAAGGCUGUAGAAUAUUAUGAAAAAUGCAUUUAGUUAAAUCCAUACGACUAUGAAGCCUACGUAAAUAUUGGCUAUUUACAUAUAAGAAAAUUAGAUGACUGUCAAAAAGCUCUCGAUUUCUUAAACAAAGCAAGUGAAUUAGAUAGCAGCAAUAUAGAUUUAAUGUAUAACAUUGGAAUGUGUCACUUCCAAUUGAAGAAUUAUGAACUUGCUCUGUAGUAUCUUAAAAAAUGUCUUGAUAUAGAUCCAAGUUUCCAUGAUGCAAAAAGAAAUAUAAGAUUUAUCAAAUAAUUUAAUAGAGCUGAAUGA